AUGUCGGAAAUUGAUAAGCUGAAACGGGCAUGUCUGAAACGGGGAGAACUCUUCGAAGAUCCAGACUUUCCAACUGUCCAAUCUUCCGUCUUUUAUCAUCAAACGCCGCCAUUCCAGUUUGUGUGGAAAAGGCCUAAGGAAAUUUGUCCCGAUCCCAGUUUUGUUCUUGAUGGACCCGAUCAAUAUGAUAUCAGCCCUGGAAAACUUGGUGACAGGUGGUUUGUGUCCUGUAUUGGGUGCCUCACCAUUACCAAAGGUUUGUUCUACCGAGUAGUGCCGGCUGAUCAGAAUUUCCUUCCAGAUGACUACGCUGGCAUAUUUCGCUUCCGGCUGUGGUGGUCAGGAGAAUGGAGGGAAGUUGUUGUGGAUGACCGACUCCCGACCGUUAACAAUAAGCUGGUCUUCGUGCACUCUCAACAUAGUAACCAGUUCUGGGCUGCCCUUCUAGAAAAAGCCUAUGCCAAGCUCCAUGGAUCUUACGAAGCUCUUAAGUACGGAUGUUCUUUGGAUGGGAUGGCAGACUUGACUGGCGGAGUGACUGAAAGCAUCAGUAUUCGUCAGGAUCCCACAGCUUGUGGCAGAAUUCUGUCUAAGCUCCUGAGUAUGACUUCCAUCGUGACAGCGAUAGUGCACCAACAGACACAG